CACCCGCUCCUGGUUUCUGAAAGGCUUGUCUGUUGGAGUUGUCUGGAGUAAGAUAUUUUCCUGGAUUGCAGCUCUGAACCCAGAGUGUGGAGACUUUCAAAACAGCACGAAGCUCGGAACUGCCAAAGGCAUCUUUAAUCCAGGACAUUCCAAAGGCCUGCGCGGGAGGGAGCGGGCUGGGAGGCCGGGGCGCACGGCGCAGAGGGGAGUGGGACUGCCGGCCGGAGGGGCAGGUAGGGACUAGACCCGGAGGCCUGAGCGGGGAUCAUCCCGGGCGGAGGCAUCGCCACAACCCCCCCUCCCCCCCGCCCCCAACCCCGGCCCGAUGCCGCGGCCCCUUCCGGGGCAGCUGGACCUCGCUUACCCUUCUCCCGCGGUGCUUGGCGGCACCAGCACCGGGAGCCCAGUGGCCUUGGAGUAGCCGCGGCCGGAGAGAGGGGCGCGGCGGCUUGGCACGGAGGGUUGGCCCGCGGCCUGUGGGCACAAAGCCCGCCCGGCGAGUCCCGCCCCUGUAGGAACGCAGGGACCGCCCGCCCAGUAACCCCGUGCGCAGUCCUCCCGCGCCUAGUGCCUCCGCGCCUGGUCCUCCGGCACCUGAUCUUCUCCGCGCAGUCACCGCCGAGGCGCGCAUCUCCCUCUUGCGCACUCGGUGCAACCAUGGCCGCCGCCUCCGCGCGGCCCGCCAUCCUUGUCAUGACCGCGUUGGCGCUGCUCCUCCUGCUGUGCGUGGGCCCAGGUGGCAUAAGUGGAAACAAACUCAAGCUGAUGCUUCAGAAACGGGAAGCCCCUGCUCCCCCCGCGACCCCGGUGGUGGCUGUCCAGGAAAGCAGAGCCAAGGAGUUCCUCAGCAACCUGAGGCGGCCCAAGCGGCAGCUGUGGGACCGCACGCGGCCCGAGGUGCAGCAGUGGUACCAGCACUUCCUGUACUUGGGCUUCGAUGAAGCGAAAUUUGAGGAUGACAUCACCUAUUGGCUAAACAGAGGUCGUAAUGGGCACGACUACUACGAUUACUACCAGCGCCACUAUGAUGAGGACGCCGCCAUUGGCCCCCGGAACUCCCACAGCUUCAGGCACGGAGCCAGGGUCAACUACGAUGACUACUGACCGUCACUUGGAGAGGCCUGGGGCCCCGGGCUCCGCACGAUGCCCGGGCUGUGUCUGCUGUGCCUGGUCGCAGCUCAUCUUUCUUACCUGCUUUCUGUGGCCAGAAAGGAAGAGUUAAAACAAAGAAUGUAAAUGCCUUUCGAGAUUUCAUGCAAGUACCU